CCCUGGCACUUGCCUUCAGUUUCUGUCAGGGUACAGCAGGCACGCGAAAGCUUCUAGACACGCCAAGGUCGGCCUCGGCACGAGCCUCGACAGUCGCUAUCGGAGACAUGGAUUUGCAGCGCGCCAGCACCUGUAUGGCGUGCUCCACUAGCCACGCGCAAGCAGCGCGGCCGCGAGCUCAGCUGUUCGCGGCGCGCGCUCGGCCUCGCUGCUUCGUGGUCGCGCAUGCGAAUCCCUACGACAUUUUUGACGCGAUGGAUCGCCAGUUCGUUCAAAUGGACCGGCAAUUCGACGCGAUGCAGCGGCAGAUGGACCGGGAGUUCGAGUCCGCGUUCAGCCGGGCGCGGGACGCGGAGCGGCAGGCGCGGGAGGCGGAGCGGCAAGUCCUGAGUGACCCCGAAGCCUCGCGGCCCUCAUCGUCCUCAUCCUUCCGGCAAGACCUGCUGCGCCCCGCCCCGGACGUGGACAUUACGCGGCAGGAGGAGCGCGGCAGUGGCUACUACCGGUACUACGAGCGCAUUCAAAUCACCAGCGGCGGAGGCCGCGGCCACGGCUCCUCGCCGCCGCCCGCCGCUGCCAGCCUGUCGCCCGCCGCCGCGGGGCCCGGACCCGCCGCGCUGCUGAGCGUGGCGGUUCUUGUUGGCGGUUACGCCGCCCUAACCGCCGCUUUCAACCGAAACUACCAACUAACUAGCUAUGCGGAGCAGAAGCGCUGGCUGCUGCUGGCGCUGUGGCCACUGCUGUUCCUGUUCUCGCCCAAAUUCCGGGAGCAAUUCUCGGCUGCGGUGAAGGGCGAGCGGGUGCGGUGGAACGGCGGGAGUGGGGGCGGCAGUAGGCCGUCGGACGGCGGGCUUUAACCGGAAAAGGGAGUUGAGUCCCAUGAUUGGGGUUGCGGGUGGGGGCGUGCUAGCCGCAUCGCUGGGUUGGCGACAGCACCAGCGGCGGAGCGCGUGUAUGUCCCAUAUGGAGGAGACUGUGUGCACAUGGGGUGUGUGAUGUGUGCCGGCCCGGCACCGUACGUGUAUUUAGGGAGCACACAGGAAAGGGUAGAGGCGAUGUGGACCGUGUACAUACUGUAUGUGGGAGUAAUAGAUCCAAACUAGACGUUAAGACCAAGCAUGCUGGACUGCGCUUGCGGCAGCUGAGGGCGAGGCUGUGCGUGGGGUGAGGCCCGCCACAACCGUCAGGUCGUACGUGGCAGGGUGCAGCACUAUUAUCGACGUGCGUUGCGGAACUAAUGCGUACGUAGACCAGAGCGGAAGGCGGAGUGGGCUUGCAGGCGGCACGAGAGCAGGCAGGCACUACUAAGGAUGUGAAGUCCAGACCCCGCGUCACACGCCUGUGCGACACCGACCGCGCUCUGCACCAAGCCACAUCACGCCACGUGCGCACGCCGCACUGCAUGAGGAGGUGGGACACGGGCCGCAAAAGCGGCACCUUGUUAAUGACGAGUGGUGUGGAAACGAAUGCGUACGUAGACCAGAGCGGAUGGCGGAGUGGUGUACGUCAGGUCUGAUCCA